AUGAAGGGAGUCGACGCCAAGUUCCUGAAGAAUCUCCGCUUCGCCAGAAAGAACAACAAGCGCCAGAUCAACAAACCUGUCGAGUCCAAGGCCUAA